AUGGUAAUAACUUUCACAGAUGCGCAGAAGGAGAAUUUCAAGACUGAGUUUCUUGAGAAGUACUUUCUUGCUUACAUUCGUAGCAAAAAGGAGAUUGAGUUCCCUAAGCUAAAACAAGGAAACAUGAGUGUUGCUUAUUAUGUUUCAAAGUUUGAGGAUUUAUCUAGGUUCUAUCGGCGUUACAAUUGGGUAGGAGAUAAGAUUUCUAAGUGUAUCGAGUUUGAGAGUGGCUUGCGUCCAGAGAUCAAGCAAUUCAUCAGGUACCAGGAGAUUUGUCAGUUCUCUGCAUUGGUUAUUAAGUGCAUAAUAUACGAUGAAAACAUUUGUGUUUGUACUCACUAUAAAAGCAUGAAUGAGAAGAAAGAAAAUAACCAAAAUCUUAGGAACCCGUAUGGUGCUCCAGCUGACAAAGGGAAAUAG